GAAAAUUUGGUUCCAGAACCAUCGUUACAAGUGUAAACGUCAGCAGAAGGACAAAGAAAAAAUGGAACAACAGAACCAAGUUCAACAGAGCAGCCAAAACCAACAACAGUCGACAGGGAACCGCUGUCAGUCGUCACCUCGUCGGGUCGCUGUACCAGUCCUGGUGAAAGACGGCAAACCUUGUACAUCGGGUAGCGGAGGGGACAACUCGCCGUGCCAUAACGCCAAUAGUUCCGUGGGGGGAGGCAAUCAACAGCAGCAACAGCAGUCCGGAGGAGCGGGCGGAGGAGGUCACGUGGGUCACCAAGUGAAUAACUCGAGCACCGGGGUUUCGUCGGCUAACGGAGGAAGCUCACUGCAGAUACCCCAGCACGUGGCCAGCUCGGUUACGAAACUUCAGCAACAGCAGAGCACAAAUGGCGGACUGGGCGCAGCCAGUCUGAACCCCGGCAGCAUGUCACAAUCUCACUUACAUCACGGACUCUCGUUCCCAAACACCAGCCUAAACGGCACGUCACCCUACAUCUUGAAUGGAAGAACUUGGUAGUUUUCCUCUACAAAAAAAAAGAAACAAAAAAAAACAUCAAACAAAAGAACUGACAAACAAAUAAAUAAAACAAAAACAACAA